CGCGUCCGCUUCUCCACCGCAGGCCGCACCUCGCCUGCCUUCCUCUCGAUGCCUCAGUUUGAUGGCAUGGCCUCUCGUUUUCCAUGACAAAAGCAUGAAGCUUUGUAUCGCGUCUUUCGUUUGGUUUGUGCUUCGUUUGGUGGUAUUGGUCGAGGGCGCUGCUGAUUGCUCGCCGGCGUCCGGAUCCCUCACCAUAAAAACCGCACAAGAUGUGUCCGACCUUACCACAUGCACUUCCUUCACCGGCAACAUUGUUGUCGCCGCCGACGGACCCCAGGACAUCCAACUCGACGGCGUCACGUCCGUCUCUGGCAACAUCGACAUCGAAAACGUCGCAAAGCUCCGCUCUUUAACUUCCACUUCUCUGGAAGCCGUAUCUAGCUUCACGCUAAACAGUCUCCCCGCGCUAUCCACACUCACUUUUCCCGCCUUGAAGAACUUUUCGUCCUUGAAGUGGUAUAAUCUCCCGUCCCUGGAGCAAUGCAAAAUCGCUACCGGCGCCAUCGACGGCGAAAUCCAAGAAAUCAGCAUCUUUAAUACAUCCCUAAAGAGUCUUGACUGGCUCACCUGGCCCAUCGGCGCAGCACUAAACAUCACAUCCAACUCAAACCUACAAUCGUUCGGCAUCCCGUACAGUUCCAUCAAUGCGAACAGCGCUUACACACUCACUUCGAACCCCUCGCUCGCUAGUGUCGACGUCUCCUCCCUCACCGGCAUCUAUGGCGGCCUCGAAAUCUCCGGGAAUGCUGUGAAGACGUUGGACUUUUCGAAGCUGCAGACGAUUGGCGGGUUUGUGCAGUUGAGCGGUGAUUACACGAAUGUGAGCAUGCCGGUGCUGAGCGGGAUCAACGGCGCAUUGAGUGUGGAAUCCACCGAAGACAUCACUGCACUGUGUAGCAAUCUCGCGCAGAAAAGACUGGCGGGCCACUACGACUGCACGCCAAAUGCGCAGAAGAGCGCCUCCAACCCUACAGCCACAACGAGUUCUGGAGCCCCGACAGCUACGGCCACGACGCCACCUACUCCCAAUGAAAAUAGCUCAAAGAGCAGCAUAAGCAACGCUGUAAAAAUCGCCAUCGGCAUCGCCACACUAAUCAUCACGCUCCUCUUCCUCACCGCAGCAUUCUUCUUCUUCCGCCGCCGCUCGCGUGCCAAAGUCCGCGAGAUCGAACCCUCCUCGCACCGCUCCUCCAGCGCAGACCCGUUCGCCAAGUCCAAAUCCGCCGAAGCCAACGCCUUCGAGCUCGAAGAAUCGGACUACUCCAGCAACCCGACUUCGCCGAAAGAGCUGGAGGCGCCUGGCAUACGGCUGGAACUGGCGAAUGGGAGGACGCGGCAGGAGAUGCCGGCUGGCGUGAUGCCGCACGAGCUGGAGGCGUGGCAUGGGCGGUGCGAGAUGCAUAGUCCUGCGAUGAGUACCGGGAGCGUGAAUAGUAUUACGCCGCUGGUGAGGCAUGAGUUGCCUGCUUGAAGAGGGGCAGGGGUGAAGACACGAUUGGGUGAUGAGAAAUACUGCCAAGAGCGUGAUAAUGUAUGGGGAGCCGAUGCACACUGCAUGCGCGAGCCAUCAGCAUUCCGGUUCGACGACAGGCCUCCAAUGACUUGUGCGGUGCGUGAGGAAAACAUCCGAAGGCCAUACCCGACGAAACGUACGAUGUGCCCUCCGAAACGAGCUUAGCUCACCCGGUCGAACUAACCGACCCAAUAGGACGCCGUCACCCUCCACCAACCUCGCAUCGAGACACGUCGCUCGGCACACCUCCCCUCUAUCGCGGUAGCUCGGCUCGCUUACUCGCUUGCAACCACACGGAGGAAUUGUGGCGGGGGUGUCGAAUACG